GACCUAAAUGAUAACUGGACGGGGUUGCACUCUAUUUGACAAAUAACAGAAUGUAUCGUGAGUUCAACCAGAAAGCCAUAAGGUGAAGUCCAUCGCGAUUCUUCGGAAUGGUUCGCGAGGUGCUGACAGCAGACGACGAGCUGGUGAUGGCCGAAAGCCACGACAGUUGAUCAAAACGGAGCGCCUCAAGUUGUAGUCACUUCUAUUGUUCUUGUGUUGAACACAGUCGAUGGGGCUUGAAUUCAGGCGCCGAGACUACAGAGCCGAGGAGCAGGCCCGCCCUCUCCAGAGAACGCGUGCUGAUACUCACCCUCUCUCCGCUUCUUCUUCACCUCUCCAGGUGGAAGAAUCUAGAAGUGGAAAAGAUGAUUUCUGCGAUCCGCUUAGAGCAAGUGAUUGGUCGAUGGCAAUGUCUUCCAGUGAUGUACACCGUGAAGAUGUUAGUACUGAGGCAACAGCGCCCUCUCAACUGAGAACGAGGAAGGAAUGGAUUUCUUUUAAGAAAAUGUUGAUGCAACGGUUUCCCGUGUCUAAAACAUCACCAAUAUCAGUGGCAUCUGGUGUGCUCGUGAAAGGUAACAAAGCAAUUGAGAAAUCAUCAAAAGAUUUGCAUUCUGGAGAGUUGGAUGAUGACAAAAAUUUCGAUGACGAAGAUGUUAAAGUGAUCGGUCAACAGGAGUGUUUGUCAAAGUUGCAGGGACUGAAAGAUGAAAUUAAUCAGUCUUGGUGUGCUGAUGAUCGUGUAACGUCUUUAAGGUUGUCAAUAAAGGCUGUGAGGUUUCUAAUGGACUCAUCUGCAGUUCAGAUUUAUCCAACUCUUUUUGUUUUAGCAACUGAUAUAAUGGACAUGCUUGGUGAUCUGGUGUGGAACCGCAUCAAGCAAAAAGCAGGGAUCACUGAAGAAAACUUCAAAACUGGUGAAAUAUGCUUCGAUGCCAAAGGAACCUGCAAUAACUGGUUCUGCAAAGUUGGUUCUGUUCGGGAGCUACUUCCUCGCAUCUAUUUAGAACUUGCAAUAUUACCUUGCUGGCGCUUCAUUGAUGACCAUCCUGAGAAUAUCCUUAAACGCUUGUUGGAGAUGACUAGAGGCAUUGCUGAUCCACUGGCAUCGGCUUAUUGUCGCCUAUACUUGGUUCAAUGCUCUCAAAGACUAUCCCAGCAUGAUACAGGUUUUCUUAUCGCUUGCGUUAAUGAUCUGAAACUGCUACUCGUUCACUUCAUACCUGCAAGAGAAGCCGUGAAUGGGAAUCUUUCUCGAAAUAGUGAAUUACUGCUUACUUUGGUUGAACCUGCUAUUGAGUAUAUCAUAAGAUGCUUAUUCAAGGAUCUAAAAAAGAUGGAAAUUAGUAAAAUGCUUCUUGCACUUGGAAUGUCGAGGAACCCGUCAAUCUCGUCUAAAAAUCAUUCAUCCAUAUCGGUUGUCCUUCAUUAUAUACUCAAGGAGCUUCCAGUUGAAUAUAUUUGUUCUAAUGCUGUAGAGUUGCUACAUCUUAUAGAGGCCACUGAUGAUAGGUCUUUUGAUCAGAUUUAUUCUUCACUGCAGGCUUUAAAUUUCAAAUUACUUGGACAUAGGCUAUGUGAAUUGGUAUCUGAACUGAGUGACGUCCACUUAUUGGUCAAUAAAAUUAUCCAGGUUCUAUUUUGUUAUGCAAAUCUUCAUGCAUACUUGAUGGUUGCGGAUGCUUAUUUGGAUAUAAUCUUGGAGAACCAUUUGGGCAUGAUCCUAAAUGUAGUACUGGAUGGAAUAUUGGAACGUGCGAGGGACGAAAAAAUUGGUGAAAACGAGUUGGUUAUACUGCAGUCAGUUUUCUUGAAAAUUCUUACUCAUUUUGGCGACAUAGAGAAAAUAUUGUCACUGAACCAUUUUGUUGACAUCUUAGAUUUGAUGCAUGGGAGCGCAAGAAACUCUAUCAGUGUGCACAUGCUUAAUAUGGCAACCAGAAAUGGUGAAAUUCAAGAUCCGAUCAUCAUUGAGGUGCUACUUGAAGUUGCUCAGGCCUUAUACGAUGGCUUAGACUUCUCAAAUAUGAGAAAGGAUGAGUAUCAGCAUCCAUCUCGAUUGAUUUCCCGUUUUGUAUAUAUGGUUGACCACGGGACGGAGGUGGAGUGCCAUUUGAGGUUCCUUGCCCAAUGUCGUGGAGCUUUUUCUAGCAUUAGUGAACUCCAGGAGAAUCUUGUUCAUUCCAGCAAUAACUUAGCCGUUAGAGCAAUGAGAGAUGGAAAUAGUAGCAUCAGCUUUGUCAAAUCAUGUCUGGCGUUUAAUGAUGUCACAAUACCUGCUAUUCCAACUAACUUAAGGCAGUUGAACUUAUAUAUUGAAACAGCAGAGGUAGCAGUGCUGGGUGGCUUUGUUUCUCAUCUAGAUGGGCUUUUAAAUGCAGCAGUCAAUUGCUUGCAAAUGAAUGAUCCAGACAAUGUUAUGCAGAUGGCAGAAGAUGGUGAUGGAACCAUUUCAUUAAUAUGUAAGUUAUGCGGCAUGUUGGUGAUGGUUCCAGGUGGUCUUGAACAAGAAGUAGCCUACAUUCCCAAGCGUUUGUUGUCUUUCCUAGACUCCCAAGCAUGGGUAUUGCCGAGAAUGAAGGCCAAGGUAUUAUCUGCAAUUGUUUUCUUGUCUGCAGCACUAUCCCAGAAUCAACUGUUGUACCAUGCUGUGAGUGGAAAGGUUAUUUGUGACUACCAAUUAUUUGUUGGAAUAUCAUCCUAUCAUCAAGAACUGUUGUCGUUGUCUGGUAUUGCUCUUCAGGGAAUUGUAAAUAUUGUGAUGCAAGAGUCUUCUAAGGUGCGAGGAAAAUUGGCUCUCGAAAGUUGUAACUGUGUAGCUUCAUCCUUUAUGGUUAGUAAACAGAUAAAAUUUGAUGGUAUUCUAUUUAACCAUGUAAGAAACUGCAAUGCCUAUGUUCUUGGUUUUCCAAAAAUAGAGAUGUGCCUGGAAAACUUGUGCUUUCGCAUUUUUCAUCCAUGGAAACAAAUUCUGCUUGUGUCCCAUAUGUUUCCGUCUAGUGUGGAUUUCCACCAUUACCCCUAGUCUGCCCCAUUUUCUUUCCAAGUUGUUUCCUUAGAUUAACCUGGUAUGUGCAUGUAGCGCAAAACUUGAAUUUUGAUAGAUGGCCAUGCGUGAAAAAAUGGUGUUGCAUAACUAUGUAUGUUACUUGGUAUAUAACUAAGAGGAUGUUUGGCUAAGCUUAUUUUAAAGAGCUUAUAAGUUCUUGGAGCUUAUAAGAUGUAGUUUCUUAAGAGCUUAUAAAUUGUUAAAGUGUUUGGGUAAUUGAGCUUAUAAGCUAGAGAAAGAUUUUUAAGUUAGUGUAAGAAAAUUUUUGUUAGAGAGAAAAUCGAAUAAAAAUGAAAUUAGAAUGAUAUAUGAUGAAAGUAAGAAAUUAUAAUUGAGUCAUUUUUAUUAAAUGAGUGUUGCUUAUAAGAUAAUAAUAAGAAAAUAAGUUGGAGUAAAGUAAUUUAUUUUUUGGGAGCUUAUAAGCUCUUAUAAAGCAGUUAUAAGCUGUUUAGGUGUCAAACACUUUGAAAGAGCCUAUAAGGUGUUUUAAAGAGCUUAUAAGCUCAGCCAAACACCCUCUAAGUCUGCUAAUUUGAUUAUUUUUAUACGCAAAACAGAGAGACAGACUAGCAAGCAUGCAAGUAUUUGUAGGCUAUUGUCUCUGUGAUGUGAAACCUUGUAUAAUCAUACUUGUAUAUGUAUAUAUAUUUGCUUAUUUUAUUUUCACUUAAUGCACUUUUAGGUGUCUGACGAAACAUUAGAAGUAUGCUCCAAGUUGGUGGAAAUAGCCAAGUCAUGCUACAGUGCGGACGACAAGUUUCUACAAUCUACGUUACGUUUUUUAGAUGCUUCCCAGUUCCAUUUGUAGUGUAGUUUUGGACUGGAAUCAGGUGUAUGAUUUUCAUAGCUGGAAGCCUUGUAUAUUGUUGUAUGAUUUGUCUGUCAAAAUCCGGAGAAAGCAACAGUUGAUGGUUAUUGAAACUACACAGAACACUAGGCAUCACUGACAUUGUUUUUGCAAAGGAAAUUUUUUUUCAAUAAACAAUUAACCAUAGCAUUUAUUUAA